GCGUGCGGCGCGAGCACUCACGUCGCUUCCGGUGUUUUCGUCUGAGCGCGGGAGUUUGUGGAGCGGAGCUGGAGCCAGAGCCGUAGCCUUUUAGGUUGUUAACAUGCCCUGUGAGAAGAAGCCUAUGCGUUAUGGACACUCCGAGGGGCACACUGAGGUCUGCUUUGAUGAAACUGGAAAGUUCAUUGUGACCUGUGGAAAUGAUGGAGAUGUUCGGAUCUGGGAGGGUUUGGACGACGACGACCCGCGAUUCAUCACUGUGGGAGAGAAGGCCUACUCCCUGAGUUUGAGGAAUGGUAGACUGGUGACGGCGAGCUCUAAUAAUACGGUGCAGCUUCACACGUUUCCAGAGGGAGAGCCUGACGGGAUUCUGACUCGAUUCACGACAAACGCCACUCAUGUCACAUUCAACUCCAACGGCACAAGAGUGGCAGCAGGAUCAAGUGAUUUCCUGGUGAAGGUGGUGCAGGUCGGGGACAGCAGUGAUCAGAGGACAUUCAGAGGUCAUGAGGCUCCAGUCCUCAGUGUGACUUUUGACCCCAGAGACCAGCUCCUGGCAUCGUCCAGCUGUGAUGGCUCUGUGGUCGUGUGGAACAUCGAGGAACAGAAUCAGGUGACACGCUGGAAUCUACUGCAGAAAACGAAUGAUGUUUCAAACGCCAAGUCUCUGUGUCGCUUGGCAUUUCAGCCACACUCCGGAAAGUUGUUGGCAGUUCCUGUUGAAGACAAAGUUCACCUGUAUGAGAGAGACACCUGGAGUCAUGUGACGACUCUGUCUGACAACCUCAUCACUCAGCCGGUGAACGUGGUUAGCUGGUCUCCGUGUGGUAAACGUCUGGCUGCAGCGUCUGUGGGCGGAGUCAUCGUGAUCUGGGACGUCAGCUCCAAAAUGUGUCUUGAGAGACAGAAGCAUGAGAAGGGUUUCACAGUCUGCUCUGUGGCCUGGAGCCCCUCUGGAGCUGAGCUGGUUUACACUGACACAGAGGGCUGCGUGGGGCUGCUGGAAGGAGUGUGUGCUGGGGCAGAGGGCCACAACAAGCCGUCCACAGUGGCGCGAGACUUUGACGACCUGUUUGACGGAGACGAGGACGGGCAGAUGGAUGAGGGUGAGUCUCCACGGCGACCACAGGACGACGAUGACAUUAUCACGUCGACCGGACGCAUCAAGAACAGAGCAGCUUUCCUCGAGGAUGACAACUCUUUGGACACUGGCUCUUUGAAACUUGGGGGAGAGAAGUUUCGAGAUGACGAUGAUGACGAUGGGGGCAGCUCUAUAGCGCCUCCCCCUGGUCCCCCUGUGCCCCUCCGGCCUGUAUAUGAGGGUCCGAUGCCCACUCCUCCUCAGAGAGCGUUUCAGCCUGGCUCCACCCCAGCCCAUCUCACACAUAGAUUUAUGAUGUGGAAUUCCGUGGGGAUUGUCCGUGGAUACAACGAUGAGCCAGAAAACGCCAUAGACGUAGAAUUCCACGACUCGGCAGUGCACCACGGCAUGCACCUUUCCAAUGCCCUUGGGCACAAGAUGGCUGACAUCUCCCAGGAGGCCGUGUUACUCGCUUGCCCCAGCACUGACGAACUCUGCAGUAAACUGGUGUGCGUGCACUUCUCAUCCUGGGACACUCAUAAGGAGUGGGUGGUGGACCUCCCUCGCGGGGAAGACGCCCGGGCUUUGUGUUUGGGGCGGAGCUUCGUCGCUGUGGCCACCUCAGCCUUGCUGCUGCGCCUCUUCACUAUUGGGGGACUCCAGCGAGAAGUGUUCAGCCUGAGCGGGAACGUGGUUUGUGUGAGCGCCCACGGAGAGCAGCUGUGUGUGGUCUACCACCGAGGCACAGGGUUUGAUGGGGACCAGGCUCUGGGGGUGCAGCUGCUGUCUUUGUCCCAGAAGAGGAGACUGAUCCUGGACCAGCCUCUGCCCCUCAGCCCUCAGUCCACCCUCAGUUGGAUAGGCUUCACCGCAGAGGGGACCCCAUGCUCCGUGGACUCUGAGGGUGUGGUCCGGAUGUUGAACCGCUCUUUGGGAAACACAUGGAGUCCAGUUUGUAACACCAGAGACACAUGCAAGAGCAAGUCCGACCACUAUUGGGUCAUUGGAGUCCAUGAGAAUCCUCAACAAAUCAGGUGUAUUCCAUGUAAAGGUUCCAGGUUUCCUCCCACUCUGCCCAGACCUGCGGUUGCUGUGCUCCCCUUUAAGAUGCCGCUGUGUCAGACGUCCACAGAGAAGGGCCAGAUGGAGGAGCAGUUCUGGAGGUCAGUGCUGCUUCAUAAUCACUUCGGUUUCCUGUCAUCAAACGGAUAUGAGAUCGACGAAGAGGCUCAGAGCCAGAGUCUAAAAGAACAACAAGAACUGCUCAUGAAGAUGUUUGCAUUGUCGUGUAAGUUGGAUCGUGAGUUCCGCUGUGUGGAGUUGGCACAAAUGAUGACGCAGAACGUUGUGACUCUGGCGAUUAAAUACGCGUCUCGCAGCGGAAAAAUGGGACUGGCCCAGAGAUUGAGUGAAAUCGCUCUGGAGAAGGCCCAAGAGGAGCAUCAGGAGGAAGAGGAGGAGACAACCGGGUUUAGCCGCAGUGAAAUGUCUCGAUACAACAGCCGACAAACUGAGGAGGUGGAAGAGGAGGAUGAGGAGGAGAAUGAGGAUAGGGAGGAAGAGACACAGCCCAAGAAACGAAUGAAUCCGUUCGCCAAAGACACUGCUCCCUCUCCAGAGAAAGCCGUUCUCAAACCAGUUGCAGUGUCUAAAGUCGCCCGCUCCAAUCCCUUCAAGGUGUCCUCCGGAGGUGCUUCUCCCGCUCAGCCGCGUGUCACUAACAUCUUGGACAACAUCCCAAACAGGAAGUCCGCUCCACUCACUUCUUCAUCCAUCAAAACCAAGAAGAGUCCAGUCCUCAAACCACUGGCUCCAAAACCCAAGAGCAAGACCCAGUCCACUCUGCUGCAGAUGAGCUCCAAGACAAACACCAAGAGACAGGAAUCUGAAGAGAGACCAGAGGAGCCAAGAACCAAGGAGCCUAAUCCCAACCCUGCACCACCAUCACCAGAGAGCACAGAGAACAGGAGGCCUCAGACUGGCUUCCAACUCUGGUUGGAAAAUCACAGAAAAAAUAUUCUGGCAGAAAGUCCGAACCUCGAUGAGACUGACCUGAUUAAAGACGCAAUGGGCAGGUUCAGGAGCCUAUCUGCAGAGGAGAGACUGUCAUGGACAGAGAGAGCAAAGGGUCAGAGCGGAGAUGACCCAAAGAAAAGGAAACGACCUGAGGAGGUAGAAGACAAGGAAGGGAGCAAGGAGACAAAUGAGGAGACGAGUGCUAAGAAGGCCAAGACUGUGGGCGUAGCUGAGAAACUGUCCGCCUUCGCUUUUAACUAAAACUACUGCUCCUUUAAUCAUGAGACUGUCCAAAUGUUUACCCAUGUUUCAAUAAAUAUUUUUU